AUGGCCUAUUUACUCUACACCUCCGUCUUUGUCCUCCUCAUCCUCUCCACGGCCCUCUUCCUCACACGAUCCCACUGGCUAUCACAUAUGCCGUCUCUACCAGGCACCUCGUACCUCUACUCCCGACUCCCCUCGUCUUUCUCGAGCGACAUGGAAGCCGGUCUCUCUUCCUCUGAUUUCGACUUGUCUGGGAAUGUCGCGGCUGGUGAUUCGAGGGCGGGAUUAGAUAAUGCUAGUAAGAAGGAGAUCCAGAAGAUUAUGAAGAAUAAGAGAGUGAACUUUGAUGAGGCGAGGAGGAUCUAUACGGAAGGACGAUUUGCGAAGAAUAAUAUCGGACCAGAUGGAAGACCAAGGGAUCCGAAAUUCGUCAGUUUCUCAUAG